UCCGUGCAGGUGUCGAGCGACUUGGGCUACGUGAUAUACUCGUCUCUGGGCAGCUUCUACGUCCCUAGCGCCAUCAUGAUUUUUGUGUACAUAAGAAUAUACUACGCGGCAAAAGCCCGCGCAAACAAAGGUUUGAUGAAAGGCAAGGAGCGGAGAGAGGAGAGGAAGAAAGAGGACGAGUGUUCUGUAACACAAGCCAGGCCAGUCAAAUCCGCGCCGUCUAUAUCACGCACUUCCGAAACGCACCUUCCCUCGAGCUCUCCAGCAGAAGUCCACCGAAACACCAUCAGUGAGCACACGGUUCUGAUCAGCAAACAGGUACAAAUUGGUAGUGUAAAAGUGCACGAUGGAUCAGAACAGUCCAGUGACCAAGAAGCUGAGGCGGUACCGCUGCGGACCUUGAGUGGUAAAGUGGACGCUGAUCACCGGAACCACAACGUCAAAGACGAAAAUGGGCUUUACUUAGGGGUCGCCAAAGAUAGCCCCGUUGAGAGUACAGUGGGAUGCACAAGUCUCUCUGCAAGUCCCGUAAAAGAAUGUUGUCCUCCGGCUUCUCCGUGUGAGACGUUCAGAAGAGAGCCCUCAGCACCGUCUGUUGAUGGAGACCAAAUGAGCGACAUGGACCAGAGUUCUUCGGACUCGGGCGCCAUCGCCCGAUGUUCUGUGAUGAAGCCCUUGAAGAUGCGCUUUUGUCACCCUCUCAUCGGCAAGAAAAUCAACAAACCUAAGCGAGAAAUGAUCGACAUGGGACGAGUAAGCACGCCGAAAGCAAUGCGGGAUCCCGAGAAGGAGAAGAGGAGAAUUGCGCGUAAAAAAGAAAAACGAGCGACGCUUAUUUUAGGUCUUAUUAUGGGAUCGUUCAUAGCGUGUUGGCUCCCGUUUUUCCUCAUGUAUAUAUUGGGACCUUUCAUGUCUUUUCCGAACAUCGCAUUUGACUUCGCGUUUUGGUUAGGCUACAUGAACUCUGCUUUUAACCCUGUCAUUUACACAAUAUUCAAUAAGGACUUUAGGAGAGCAUUUAGAAAAAUACUAUUUAAGUAA